UUCAUUUACAGCUCGUCUUUAAAUGAAUGCAGUUAUCUGGUCCCCAUUAAAGGGAGAGAACUCGUCCGGUCUUGUUGCUUCAACCACGUGUUGUGCGUGACGUCAUAAUUAAAUCUGAUGUCAUCGAGACCUUGCGCGUUUUCAAUCCUUUUCCUCGAGGAAUUCAAGCAGGAAGAAAAUGCCUCGGCCUAAGAGGAACUGUAAAUCUACAUGGAAGACGCGAGGGCAGACUAGGUCAGCCACAAGAUCUAGAGGGAGACGGUCCCAUCAGAUUGAAGUCUCCAUGCAACCCAUUGUAGAGCAGCCGGCUGUAGUUCAGUCUAAUGCAACAACAACAAAUUAUGCAGCAGUAACUCAGGACCAAGGUCAAAUCAAUCAGUUCUAUCACACUAAUCAGAACGAUUAUGUGAAUACGUCAUCUGUACAGAACCAAUGCCAUUACUCGUCACAUACCCAUGUACCAGGGGUAUUGGGACAACAGUCGCUCUAUCAUUCAAAUUCAGUGAAUACGUCAUCUGUACAGAAUCAAGGUCAUUACUCGCAGCUGGCUAAUUGUGUAGUACCAGCCUCAGUUGUACCAGUAACACAUACCCAUGUCACAGGGAUGUUGGGACAACAGUCGCUCUAUCCUUCAAAUUCAAUGCAAGUGCCAUAUACACAGCAUUGUCAGGGAGCUGUUCCUUCAACGGCCUCGGUAUCGGAAGGAUUUGCUUCAACUUCACAAGGCUUGCAGAUGUCUCCUGCUGGAGGAAUGUUCGAGUCACCUGUGGUUGGGCAGCCCCCGAUAGUACAUGAAACAUCAGGUAAUGAAAAUGUUUUCAAUUCGGUAGUAACUGAUAUGGCUUUGCAUGUAAACGCUAGUACAAAAGAAAAAAUAUUGAGUGGAGAAUUUGUUGAUUUAACAUGCUUAUUAGAAAAAGAUUCCUCCGCUCAAAGUAAAAUCUUUAAAGUUGUAAAUGGCGUACUAGUCUUGUCUGAUAGUUCUAGAUCUAUUCAACAUACUGUUUUGUCAAUUGAACAAUGGACUGAUGCCUUUUUAAUAUAUAUGAGUAUUUUGAUUGCAAAACACCCCGAAUUAGCCAUAGAAUUGUUGCAUUAUUUAAACACAAUACGAUCUGCGUCAAAACUAAAUCCGAUUGGCUGGAUAAAAUAUGACAAAUAUUUCAGGUAUAAAAUGUCACAAUAUCCAAAUACAAAAUGGUCAAACAUUGAUGCUGAGAUAUGGUUGGUAUCUAUGACGAAUCUAAGCUCAAAUCAAUCAAACAAACAAAAUCACUGCUAUGAGUUCAACGGUAAAGGGUUUUGUUCAAAACCGGGUUGUCAGUACUUGCAUAAAUGUAAAAAAUGUACCGGGCCGCAUUCUGCUUUGCUUUGCAGAUCACCUACACCAGGAUUUGUAAAUGCUUACAGAUCUAAUAAUAAUCUCAGCCAAAAUCAUUUCAGACAUCCCAGGUUUGGGCACUUCCCACAAUUUGAAACUCCUAGAGCACCUUUGGGACCUAGGCAACACCCCAAUAGAUACUUUGCGUCUAGAAAUGUGGCUCAAAGGUUAUAAUAAGGAGAAUGCAAAUUUUAUAUAACAUGGAUUCAGAGAGGGGUUUAGGCUGCAAUACAGUGGUCCCCACUGCGAAUUUACGGCAAAAAAUCUGCAGUCUGCGAUUAGAUACCCGGAAAUUUUAGCAAAAAAGCUUGAAAAGGAAGUACAAUUAGGACGCUUUUUAGGUGCCUUUACAAUUAAACCAUUUGCAAACUUACGUAUCAAUCCAAUUGGGCUAGUUCCCAAAAGUACAGGUGGAAUGCGCCUAAUAACUCAUUUGUCAUAUCCUUAUAAUGGAACUAGUGUCAACGAUUUUAUUGAUCGUGAAAUAACUAUGGUUCAAUAUUCCCGUUUUGACAAUGUUAUAAAAAUAAUACAGUGUUUAGGCCCUGGUGCACUUAUGGGGAAAAGAGAUGUUAAAUCGGCCUUCAAUCUCUGCCCUGUACACCCUGAUGAUUUCGAUUUAUUAGGUGUCAAAUUUGAUGGCAAGUAUUGGAUUCAAAAAAUGCUUCCGCAAGGGUGUUCAGUCAGCCCCGCCUAUUUUGAAAAAUUUUCAAUAUUCCUUCACUGGGCGGUUUCUCAAUAUGCAAACUCGUCAAACUUAGAUCAUUAUUUAGAUGAUUUUUUCUUUGCCGGAAAAGCCGGCACAGAGGAUUGCACAAACCUCAUGUUGGAUUUUGAGUACAUCUGUAAAGAUAUGAAUAUUCCUAUAAAUGAAGAUAAAUCAGAAGGCCCUAAUACAAUCAUCACUUAUUUAGGCAUAGAGAUUGAUUCUUUUAAAAUGGAAAUAAGAGUUCCCUUUGACAAAAUAAAUAAAGCAAAAUCAUUGCUAUUAGAUGCCUUGGUCAAACCUAAAAUUAGAUUAAGAGAACUGCAAUCAAUUCUAGGCAUUUUAAAUUUUUUCACGAAAGCAAUACCAGCAGGUCGUACUUUUAACUGUAGAUUAUACACUGCACAGUGUCAGGCAAAGAGAUCUUACCAUUAUAUUCGCUUGAAUAAAGAUCACAAGGAAGAUAUUAGAACUUGGCUGCAAUUUCUUGAUCAUUUUAAUGGUGUGUCUAUAUUCAGUGAUCAAUACUGGUCGUCAAAUCAUGACCUUGACCUUUAUUCAGAUGCUGCUGGUAACAGGCAUUUAGGCUGUGGUGCUUACAUGGACGGGGAAUGGAUAAUUUUUAAAUGGCCGAUGUUUUGGAGUAAUGAGGUAUUUAAAGACAUUACUCUUCUUGAAUUAGUCCCUAUUCUAUUGGCCUUUUACACAUGGGGAUCAAAGCUUAAAGGAAAAAAGAUUAUCAUCAAUUGUGACAACAUGAGUCUUGUGCAGAUUCUUAACAAAAAAUCAUCGCAAAAUCUGAAAGUCAUGAUUCUGCUCCGAAAACUUGUUUUGUUAUUGCUUUAUAACAAUAUACAAAUAAAAGCAAUUCACAUCGUGUCGAAGAAAAAUGAUAUAUGUGACGCAAUAAGUAGGUUACAAUUCCGUAGACUGCAGAAUUGCUUGCCUGUAAAUGCUAGCAGAACCCCUCUCUCUAUCCCAUUUGAUUUUCAGCAAUUUAUCAACAUGAAAUCAUUCGACUGGUAAACAUGUCUUUAAGUGAGAAUACAAACAAAUGUUACAAGUCGGGAUUAGAAUCAUUUAGAAAAUUUAGAAAUUCAAUGCUCUAUCCGAGCGUUUGGCCACCCAGUCUAAAUGAAAUCGUAGAAUAUAUAGCGUUCAUGUCACAUGGCGGAUAUGCAUAUAAAACGGUAAACUGUCACAUCGCUGCCAUUAGCUAUGUAAACAAAAUGAAUAAUUUCCAAGACAAUACUAAAUUUUUCAUAGUAAGAAAAAUGUUAGAAGGAAUGAACAGAUUACAAAGUCGAUCAGACUCUCGCAGGCCAAUCACUUUGCACCUUCUUAAGCAAAUUAUACAUAGCUUGGUGUUUAUAUGCAUGUCCGAUUAUGAAGCAUUACAUUUCAAAACAGCUUUUUUACUCGCAUUUUUUGGGUUAAUGCGCGUGAGCGAAACUGCAUUUCUCUGCAACGAAAUUCAGUCAAAUGAUUCAUUUGUUCAAAUACACAUAAAAUCAUCUAAAACAGAUCAGAUGGGUAAAGGUCAAACUAUACGGGUAAAUUUCGAGAGUGAAGACGCCGUGUUGCUCAAACAUACUUAAGAAAAUUAUAAAAGACAAAGACCUGCCGUUCAAGGUCAAUAUCUAUGUCAUGCAAAUGGAAAGCCAUUAACCCAAUACCAGUUUAAGCAUGUUUUACGCAAAUGUCUAGAAUAUUUGGGACAACCUCUAAACAUUUUUAAAUCACAAUCAUUUAGAAUGGGUGGAGCCACAUACAUGUUCAAUAAAGGUAUGUCUGAAUCAGCAAUUAAGCAGGCUGGACGCUGGAAGUCAAAUGUAUAUCAGUCUUACAUAAGAGUAUAAACCAAUCAACUUAAUUGUUAGGUCCUCCCGAGGUAUGGGUUAUAGGGUCUUCGAUUAUCCGAGAUGCCUACUAUUAUUCCAUCGAAAACAAGGGUCACAACCUUGGGUUGGAUCUCAAAAUAGUUUGGGAUUUUAGGUCAGGUAUGAAGGUUCAACAUCUGGCAAACACCAUACAGCACUUAGCACUGAAAUAUAUGAAAUACCCUGAUAUGCUUAUCAUUCACUGUGGUGGGAAUGAUAUUGGACAGACACCCUUAAAUGAGGCUGAGCUUUUAGCAAUACGCACAUUGAAUGAUGUACACCAGUUAGGUAUUCAAAAUGGGUUUUAUAUAAAGAUUGUCUGGUCGCAAAUUCUUCCACGUAUGUUUUACCGUGGUGAACGUAGCCACUUUAAGUUGAACAGGGCACGAAGGCGCUUUAAUACAACACUUCAAUCAUUUUGUAAAACAAUUGGCGGUGCCUAUAUUCGACAUCAAGACAUAGUGGAAGCCCAGCCUCUUUUUUGGGAUUUGGUUCAUUUGUCAGAAUUUGGUAAUGAAAUAUUCACCAAUGAUUUAAAAGAGGGUAUUGUCGCUAUUUUGCGACAUAACAGAGAUUGCUACCCUUAAGAAUAAAAAUAAUUGAUAUCAUGAACUAUUAACAAGUCAGUUAACUCUGGUAGGAGAUUAGUGGUGACCGAAUUCCGGCACCAUUUAUUAAUAAUUAUUCUUUGUUUAUGUUGUGAUAGACGCCGCUAUGAUAAUUAUGGUCGAGAUGAUGCAAAUAUGAAUAAUAAAAAUAAUAAUAAAUGAAUUCAUAUGACAGAAAACUAGAAUAUAAUCAAUUUAACAUGCAGACGACCUUCUUGCUUGGAAUCUUUAAUGUAACUCAAAAAUAGACAGAUACAAAUUUAAAGAAUAAGCAAUUGUCAUUUAUGAAGCUCAAAUUAAGAACUUUAUAUAUAGAAUAUGCGUACUAUCGGUGGCAUAAAACCUGACAUUAGCUCUUCGUCUCAUUCGUAGACUCCGCAUGAUACUUUCAACAUAGUAUAUUAAGUAUAUAGCAUAUAGUUUUGCAUUUAACUUAUUAUCGGCGACCGAGUUCCGGCAAUUAAUCCACGAUAUUAAUAUUUCAUUAAUAUAACUUCAAAACUUUACCGAAUUCCGGUAAUAUCUCCGAUGUCCGGAGAAAGAAACAAAUUUGUAUAUGCAGUAUAAAUACAAUUUUAUCAGUUGGCGAUUUACGUCGUUAGAAAUUCUGGCGUCCGAAGAGACAAUUGAAUGUCCAAAUAUUCCGGCGCUGUUGAUCGAAGUCCGAUCUAGUUACCGAUAUCCGGAACAAGUUGAAAUGAAUAUAUAUAAUAUAUCUAUACAGAUUGUUUAUGGGAUGUGCCAUUGAUCGCAAUACUGCGGGCCUCCCUACAAUUAUCGGCGUCCGAAUUCCGGGGCCACCUCCGAUAUCCGGAGUACACACAAGUUUUUCCAAAACAAAAAAUUGGGGGGUCCUUACGUAUCUGUAGGGGGCCUUUAUGUACAUUUUUGGCAUUUUUUGUCGUUGAUAAGACGCUACUCCUUGGCAGGGCUUGGUCCUACGACGUAGUCUUGUCCCGGCGCUUUGGCAUUCUAGCGCACUUAUCAAGUAACAUAUUCAUGUGUUUAAAGAAGCAUUCGGCAUUGUUCUUGAUUGGUAUUUAUAUUACAAACCUUUCUUUUGGCAUAUUGGAAAUCUCAAUCAAAGUUAUAUUGAACAUAUUUUGUAUAAUAUAUAUUAUUGCAUGUGCAAUGCGUUUUUGUUACAAGUCAGUCAUGGCCAAGCAACUGCCAUCCUUUUAUAAAUAGAUAAUAUUGCUUUUAAGGUUAUAUGUUCUGAAUAGAAUACCAUAUAUAAAUAUAUAUUGUGUUAGUUUUUUCUCACAGGGUGAACAGAUAAAUCCAUUCAUUUACAGCUCGUCUUUAAAUGAAUGCAGUUAUCUGGUCCCCAUUAAAGGGAGAGAACUCGUCCGGUCUUGUUGCUUCAACCACGUGUUGUGCGUGACGUCAUAAUUAAAUCUGAUGUCAUCGAGACCUUGCGCGUUUUCAAUCCUUUUCCUCGAGGAAUUCAAGCAGGAAGGUCGACAUUUUGCUUUUUCUUACAAAUUAACCCUCCCAAACCCUACCCUUGUAGAAAGAUUUAUUGAUUAUAUAUUUGGAAGAGUUGCUUCGUUUGUUUCUUUGUAUAUUUUCAGCAUAAACUGCUCACUAGAUCAAUUGAUAUGCUAUCUUAGCCAUUGAUACACCUUAAUGAUCUACGUCAUGACUGGCUGAUGGGAAGAACCUUAACACUGAAAAAUCACUGGACAAGACUUGUGUGUGGUAUGACAGUAUAGUGAUGUGAUUUAAUGUGAUUUACAGGAACCAAGAUUCAUUAAUUAUGUUGAAAGAGUAAAGUGUUCAUGUUGAAGAAAUUAUGACAUAGAUUGAUUUAGAUCUACAUUUGAUAUUAUGUAAAGAACAAAAGAAAUGUAUUUGUGACUUGUGUGAAAAUAAGAAAUUGUGAAUGUGAUUUAAACUAACAUUUAUGAAAAGAUAACAAGGUUCUUUCCAUAAUUAAUAAUUGAUUAUAUUAUAAUAAUUGCAUUAAAUAUUAUGAUACGGCAUUCUAGCGCACUUAUCAAGUAACAUAUUCAUGUGUUUAAAGAAGCAUUCGGCAUUGUUCUUGAUUGGUAUUUAUAUUACAAACCUUUCUUUUGGCAUAUUGGAAAUCUCAAUCAAAGUUAUAUUGAACAUAUUUUGUAUAAUAUAUAUUAUUGCAUGUGCAAUGCGUUUUUGUUACAAGUCAGUCAUGGCCAAGCAACUGCCAUCCUUUUAUAAAUAGAUAAUAUUGCUUUUAAGGUUAUAUGUUCUGAAUAGAAUACCAUAUAUAAAUA